CAUGUCGGCUGUCUCGAGUGGGAAAAAGAAAUAAAGCGUUUCUGGAAGAGUUUUAAGACAGCCUGGGCCAGUCCAGCGGGGAGGGCCGAGUUCCUGUCCCAGGCGGGGCUCCUAGCUGACGGCAGCUGCAACUUCUUAACGAGCCGCGGGAGGGUCGGCUGCAGCAGAGCCGGAGGCGACCGUAAAAACCGUUUCCCAGGUGCCGCCGCCGCCACAAGGCGUUUUGCUGCUGGGCCGCGGAGCACAAUGUUGGCCCGCAGAUGGUUUUCGUUCAGCAAGACCCAUCCUAUCCUGAUGAGGAUGUUGACUUCCACCCCUAGUGGCUCGAAACCUCUUCCUGACAUGCAUGAAGGGCAUUUACCCAUUCAUGUGAAUAAUGUGCGAAACAAAUUGAGGAGUAUAGUGGGGGCAUCUACCAAUUGGAGUGAUCACGUGCAAGCAAUGAAUGAAAGGAAAGCCUUGCAUACACUCCUUGCUAAAAACCAAGCUGACCUGCCCCCUAGGAAAAUGAGAGACAGCUAUAUAGAAGUUAUCCUGCCUUUAGGAAGUCAGCCUGAAAUAAGAGAAAAAUAUCUGAAUGUCAACAACACUGUCAGGUUUGGCCGAAUUCUUGAAGACCUUGACAGCUUAGGAGUUCUCAUUUGUUACACUCACACCAAACAUGAAGCUGUUCAGAGAUCUCCUUUAUCAAUUGUUACAGCGCUGGUGGAUAAAAUUGAUUUAUGGAAGAAGAUAAUUCAUCCAGAUUGUGAUAUCAAGUUCACUGGGAAUGUUACAUGGGUAGGAAGGACAUCAAUGGAAGUGAAAAUGCAUGUGCUUCAGCUGCAAAAUGAUGUUUACUGUCCUGUGUUAGAUGCAACUUUUGUCAUGGUGGCUCGUGAUCCAGAAAACAAAAGGUCAGCAUUUGUUCAUCCAUUGAUUCCUGAAGGCCCAGAGGAAGAAAAAAUCUUCAAGGAAGGAGAAUUGAACAAGAUGAGAAGAACUGAUUUCAGCAAGGCCUCUUUGCUAAAAAUGGCUCCCACUGCGGAAGAAAGAACAGUCAUUCAUGAUAUAUUUCUUAAUACGCUGGAUGAAAGGACGGUUAGUUUUCGGAGCCGUGUGUUGCCUCCCAAUUCUGUGUGGAUGGAAGAUGCCAAACUCAAGGGUCUGGAGAUCUGCCAGCCACAGGAGCGCAACAUUUUCAAUAGAAUCUUCGGGGGAUUUCUUAUGAGAAAAGCAUAUGAACUUGGAUGGGCUACUGCCUGCAGCUAUGGAAGCUCUAGACCUUAUGUGAUAGCUGUAGAUGAUAUCAUGUUUCAAAGACCAGUUGAAAUUGGAUCCUUAUUAUUAUUUUCUUCUCAGGUAUGUUACACUGAAGAAAAUUUCAUCCAGGUUCGGGUGCACAGUGAGGUUUAUAAUCCAGACACCAGACAGCACCACACAACUAAUGUCUUCCACUUUACAUUCAUGUCAGAGAAUCAGAUACCACAGAUUAUCCCGAAGACAUAUGGUGAAUCCAUGUUGUAUUUAGACGGGAAGCGGCAUUUUGAUUCAGCUAUGAAAGAAACCAGGGCAUAAUAGCCAUGCAGCUGUAUAGCAAAAAGGCUGUCUUUGGA